AUGCCAGUGGAGCGGCCAGUGGAGCCAUCUUUGGCCCACGCAUUGGGGCUGGACACAGGGAUACCUCCAGUGAGGUUCUUCCUGACUGUGCAGGCGCAGGCAGAUCUGUACCAGUGGGAGGUGAUGCAAGCCCUGUUGCGCGGCGCGGCGGGGCCCGGAGCCGGUGCUGCUGCUGCCGGUAGCGUCUGUCCCUCCGGCUGCUGCCCGUCCCUUCAUCCAUCCUUCCAUCCAUCCAUCCAUCCUCCCAUCCCUUCCUCCUUCCCUCCCUCCCUCCCUCCCUCCGUCCCCGCUUUGUUUUCUCGCCGUCCGCGGGCUCGGGCCCCCCACGCCGCUGCCACCCUGAAGUUUCUGGCGGUGCUGCUGGCGGCGGGCAUGCUGGCUUUCCUUGGGGCCAUCAUCUGCAUCAUCGCCAGCGUCCACCCGGCGGGCACCGCCGCCCCCGCCGCUCCCACCGCCGCCGACAAUGACUCGGCCGCCGCCGCGCUGCUCCCCGCCGCCGACAAGGGGCUGGGAGCCCUGCACGGCCCCGCCGAGGCUCUGGCCAGCGCCGGGCCUCGCCUCACCGGCUCGACGCCGCUGUUCAGCCGCUUCGUCUGCACUCCGCUGAGCGCCGAGUGCCCCGCGGCCGCCCCCGGCCCCGCCGCCGCCGCCGGCCCCGAAGAGCUGCUGGCGCUGCGCAGCGCCGCGGCACAGCUGCGCCGCACGGCGCUGGAGCAGAAGGAGCGCAUCCGAAUGGACCAGGAGACCAUCCGCGAGCUGACGGGCAAGCUGAGCCGCUGCGAGGGCGGCCUCCACUCUUCUCCCCCCGCCGCCGGGCUCCGCGCCGCCCCCCGGCCCGGCACCAUGGGGCACCCCCCCGCCGAGCCGCCCGCCGUGCGAGAGCUGGAGGAGGCCGUCCGCGCCCUGCAGGAGCGCAUCGACCGGAUCGAGCAGGAGCUGCCAUCCCGCCCCAAUGGGUCAGCGCCCACCGCCCCCGCGCUCGCCCGCGAUGCGCUGCACAGCAAGAUGGAGCAGCUGGAGGAGCAGCUCCUGGCCAAGAUCCUCGCCCUGCAGAAGGAGCGGCACGCCGCCAACACCGACCGCAGCCAGCAGCAGCACGACAUCGAGAAGGAGCUCAGCGCCCUGCAGAACCGAGUGGCGGAGCUGGAGCACGGAGCUCCAGGCUACAAUCCUCCUGAUGCCUUCAAGGUGACUAUCCCGGUGCAGAACAACUACAUGUACGCCCGCAUGAAGAAGAGCCUGCCAGAGCUCUAUGCCUUCACCAUCUGCCUGUGGCUGAAGUCCAAGGCCUUGUCGGGGCUCGGCACCCCUUUCUCCUACUCUGUCCCCACCCAAGCCAACGAGAUCGUGCUGCUGGAGUGGGGCAGCAACCCCCUGGAGCUGCUCAUCAACGACAAGGUUGCCCAGCUGCCGCUGAGCCUGAAGGACAAGGCCUGGCACCACGUCUGCGUGGCAUGGACCACUCGCGAUGGCAAGUGGUCAGCGUACCAGGACGGUGAGCAGCGGGGCUCCGGUGAGAACCUGGCCUCCUGGCACGCCAUCAAGCCACAGGGCGUCAUCAUCCUGGGCCAGGAGCAGGACACGCUGGGCGGCCGCUUCGAUGCCACGCAGGCCUUUGUGGGGGAGCUGGCCCACUUCGCUGUGUGGGACCACAUGCUGGCUCCGGCGGAGAUCCUGGCCUUGGCCAACUGUACCUCGCGCCUGCAAGGCAACGUCAUCCAGUGGGACGACCAGGCUGUCGAGGUCUUUGGAGGGGCCAGCAAGGCAGCCUUCACUGCCUGCGACGAGGGGAGGAAGGCAUGAAUGGCACCCUCAGCUCCAGGCUGCCCUUCCGACCCUCCCAGAUCAACGAGACCCUCUCACCACCACCACCACCCCAUGAUGGGGCGAUGUUCGAGGCCUUCAGGGGAGGUCCCACGGCAGCCCCUCGCCCCUCCUGCCCCUCACCUUGCCCUGUUUUGUUUUGGGCCCUGGGCACUGGGGACAUGUGGGGGCUGGGAGUGGGACAUCCCCUGCACUUCUUUAUUUUCAUCACCCCGAUGUCUGGUUUUGUGAGCCUGCUCCUUCUGAGCCCCUCUUCCCCAUCAGCCAUUCUCUGACACCUUCCUCCCCCCAUAGGAUGAAAAGAGCCCUGUGAGGGGGAUCUAUUUAUUUUAUUUUAAGCCUUCCCUGUGCCACAGAAGGGAGGGGAAGAGGGGCAGAGACUCGUCCUCAUGCACCCAGCCCUGGUUGGGGUGGAGGAAAUGAAGCAAAAGUGAGGAAAAGGGGCAAGGGGAGAGGUGUGCCCCAUUGCCCCCCCAGCCUUUUGGGGCUGAGCUGCUUGCAGGGGUGCUGGCCUCAAGCUGUGCUUUGGCCCCUGCUUUGAGCUGGCUGCGGUUGGGAAUGCUGGUGGCCUUGCAGAGUGCCUGAGGAUGCGAUGUUUCCAUGCUGGUGUCUCAAUAUAUCUAUGCCGGGGGGGUUUUCGGGGGGUCUCACAGUGUGAUGUCCAGCUUCCAGCACUCCUCCAAGCUCAACAUGUCCCACUUUGCACCACCUGCUCGGGGACCAGGGGGCAGAGGGGACAGCCCACCAGGGUGGGGGGGAUGCAGUGGGGACGCAGCACAGCCCCUGUGCCGAGUGGGAAACACUGUGAUCUUCAUGCCACCCCCCCACCCCCCAGUCUCUCGCUUGCGCGUGGCCGUGUCGUGUUGGGACAUUUCUUUUGUAACGCUGGCUGUGGGCAAUAAACGUGGCGUGUCUGUCGGA